GGAGAACUCAAACAUGAAGCCAGGAAACACAAACAGGUGCAACAGGUUCCUGGAGGAAUGUGAAACUGGAGCCGCUGAGACCUUAAAGCUCUGCCUCCUCUGCUGCCUCAGACAGGUAUAUGCGACACAGGAACCUGUACCGCAGGAAAACCCUGGGGUCAGCGUUUGAAGGUGGGAGCGCCCGCCGUGGUCGACCCUGCCCUGGGUAACGGGGGACUCCAUGGUCUGGCUCGUCCCAUCCUUGCCACACAGCCUACACCGCUGCUAUCUGCUUGUUGACCGUGCGACCAUAACACAGCUCCCUUUCCCUGCCGCUCAACUCACCGCAAGAUGGCGAGGGGUUCGAAGCCCCCGAUCGUCUCCGGCCACUGCUUCCUCUUUCUGCUGAUACUUAAGAGCUGCUGGCUGCUAGGCUCCACCUCCCAGAAGCCCGCCGUGUUGUUGGAGUCCCAGCAGCCCCAGCAGGAGUAUGCCCACUCCAUCCGGCUGGAUGGUGACAUCAUUCUGGGCGGCCUGUUCCCUGUGCAUGCCCGCGGCGAGAGGGGCGUGCCCUGUGGCGAGCUGAAGAAAGAAAAGGGCAUCCACCGGCUGGAGGCCAUGCUGUUCGCCAUCGACCUCAUCAACAAGGACCCGGAGCUGCUGCCCAACGUGACGCUUGGGGCACGAAUUCUGGACACGUGUUCGCGUGAUACCUACGCCCUGGAGCAGUCACUCACCUUUGUCCAGGCGCUCAUCGAGAGGGACGGAUCUGAUGUGCGCUGCGCUAACGGUGACCCGCCCAUCUUUGCCAAGCCGGAUAAGGUGGUGGGCGUCAUCGGGGCGUCCGCCAGCUCCGUGUCGAUCAUGGUGGCCAACAUCCUGCGGCUGUUCAAGAUUCCUCAGAUCAGCUACGCCUCGACGGCUCCGGAGCUCAGCGACAACACCCGCUACGACUUCUUCUCCCGCGUGGUUCCUCCGGACUCCUACCAGGCCCAGGCCAUGCUGGACAUCGUGACGGCGAUGGGCUGGAACUACGUGUCCACGCUGGCCUCCGAGGGGAACUACGGCGAGAGCGGCGUCGAGGCCUUCGUCCAGAUCUCCAGGGAGUCGGGUGGGGUCUGUAUCGCUCAGUCUCUGAAGAUUCCUCGGGAGCCCAGACCCGGCGAGUUCGACAAGAUCGUCCUCCGCCUGCUGGAGACGCCCAACGCCCGCGCUGUCAUCAUGUUUGCCAACGAGGACGACAUCCGGCGAAUCCUGGACGGGGCGAAACGCAACAACCUGACGGGUCACUUCCUGUGGGUGGGCUCCGACAGCUGGGGCUCCAAGAUCUCUCCGGUGGUCCAGCAGGAGCGGGUGGCCGAGGGCGCCGUCACCAUCCUCCCCAAGAGGGCGUCUGUGGACGCGUUCGACCGCUACUUCAAGAGCCGCUCUCUGUCCAACAACCGCAGGAACGUCUGGUUCGCCGAGUUCUGGGAGGAGAACUUCGGCUGUAAGCUGGGGAUGCACGGCAAGAGGCCAGGGAGCCCCAAGAAAUGUACAGGGUUGGAGAAAGUCGGCCGCGACUCCAGCUAUGAGCAGGAGGGGAAGGUGCAGUUCGUGAUGGACGCCGUGUACGCCAUGGCCCACGCUCUGCACCACAUGCACCGCGAGCUCUGCGCCGGGUACCCGGGGCUGUGUCCGCGCAUGGCCAACAUCGACGGCAAAGAACUGCUGGCCCACAUCCGCGCCGUUAACUUCAACGGAAGUGCAGGGACUCCGGUCACCUUUAACGAGAACGGCGACGCUCCCGGACGCUACGACAUCUUCCAGUAUCAGAUCAACAAUAGGUCAACGGCAGAAUACAAGGUCAUCGGUCACUGGACUAAUCAGCUGCAUCUAAAUAUGGAGGCCCUGCAGUGGACCACCGGCGACUCCUCCCUGCCAGCCUCGGUGUGCAGCCUGCCCUGCCGGACCGGCGAGAGGAAGAAGGUGGUGAAGGGUGUCUCAUGCUGCUGGCACUGCGAGCGCUGUGAGGGAUACCACUUCCAGGCCAGUGAGUUCACCUGUGAGCUCUGCCCCUACGAGAAGAGACCUGACCAGAACCGCACCGGCUGCCAGCCCAUCCCCAUCAUCAAGCUGGAGUGGCACUCGCCCUGGGCACUGGUGCCCGUCUUCAUCUCCAUCCUGGGCAUCAUUGCCACCACCUUCGUCAUCGUCACCUUUGUCCGCUACAAUGACACGCCCAUCGUGCGUGCCGCUGGGCGGGAGAUGAGCUAUGUGCUUCUGACAGGUAUCUUCCUUUGCUACAUCAUCACCUUCCCCAUGAUCGCUGCGCCCGAUGUCGUCGUCUGCUCCUUCCGCCGCAUCUUCCUGGGCCUUGGCAUGUGUUUCAGCUAUGCUGCACUGCUCACCAAGACCAACCGCAUCCACCGUAUCUUUGAGCAGGGCAAGAAGGCAGUGACGGCGCCACGCUUCAUCUCACCUGCCUCCCAGCUGGUCAUCACCUUCUCGCUCAUCUCAGUUCAGCUACUGGGCGUCCUUAUGUGGUUCGCUGCCGACCCACCUCACACCUUCGUGGAUUAUGGAGAGCAGCGCACGCAGGAUCCUGACAACGCGCGUGGCGUGCUCAAGUGUGACAUCUCUGACCUGUCGCUCAUCUGCUCACUGGGAUACAGCAUCCUCUUGAUGGUCACGUGCACUGUUUACGCCAUCAAGACGCGUGGCGUGCCAGAGACCUUCAAUGAGGCCAAACCCAUUGGAUUUACUAUGUACACAACCUGCAUCAUCUGGCUCGCCUUCAUCCCCAUCUUCUUUGGCACGGCACAGUCGGCGGAGCGGAUGUACAUCCAGACGGCCACGCUGACCGUCUCCCUCAGCCUCAGCGCCUCCGUCUCUCUGGGCAUGCUCUACAUGCCGAAGGUCUACAUCAUCAUCUUCCACCCCGAGCAGAACGUCCCCAAACGCAAACGCAGCUUCAAGGCCAUCGUCACCGCCGCCACCAUGACCAGCAAGCUGUCGCAGCUGGCGGCCGAGCGGCCCAACGGCGAGGUGAAGACGGAGCUGUGCGAGGGCGUGGAGGCCAGCGUGCCACCAACAAAAACCACCUACGUCAGCUACACCAACCACGCCAUGUGAAGAAACGAUGCCUUCGACAACAGGGACGUCCUCACCAGGGAGAUUUCUGUCAGACACAGAGGAGAUGUCACCAGAGCCCAAGACAGAGACGAGGUGCUUCGAACAAUCUGAAGGAACAGAUCGACUCACAAACUGAACCAACGCAUCCGUGGUGUUUUUAUGUUUACAGACAGCAGGGAACGGGCCCGAACGCCGCCAAAAACCUGAAAGGAUCAGGGCUAAAAACCAUCCGAGAGACCGUGAGGAAGCAGGAGGAUGGUAACCUGAAAAAAACUGGGGGGGGAAAAAAAAAAUCUAAAUAAGUCUGAAAAAAGAAAUACAAAAAAGAAAUUGUGGAGUCCAACCAUAUUUGUUGUUAUUCUAAUUGUACGUUGAAACGAAGAAAAAAAAACUUGUGGUUGUGAAAAUUUCUGAUUCUUGUCUCAUGUCGUUCGUCCGUUGACCUGCAUUAUGAGAUGAGUCCGUCGCUGUUUUCGGCUAACUGAACGGUAGCUUUUGGUUGUGAAAUGUCUAAAUGCCAUGGUUGAAUU